UCUGCUAAUCAAUUUUUAGCCUAUUACCACGUACACCCGAUUGAUAAAUGGAGCUUUAAUCGCGUAGAAGAAUACUAUCGUACAAAAACAGGGCUGAAGGAAAAGAAGAAGUUACUGGACAGCAUUAAAAAAGAUCUUCAAAAAGUUAGGAAUAAAUCCGAAUUUGACGCGGAACGUAGAAGUAAAGCUGAAGAAAUUAUCAAUAAUUGGAAGCUUCUAACAGUGAUGAACUCUUCGUUCGACACUAAGUGCAAGCUGGGACUCUUGGUCUCCAGUGAUGAACUCUUUCGCAAGCUAGGACUCUUGGUCUCUAGUCAUGAACUCUUUGAAUGGUCCGGACAAACAACGAAAGGCUCUAUGAUGUCGGUCAAAAAUUUAAAGCACCCACAUAUUAACCAUGAUGAUAUCGACAUCAAAAGUGGUGCAACCCAGCUUAAUCGCGAUCAUAUUAUGGGAGACAAUUCCACUGAGGCUGAUAGGAUAUCGAAAAAAAGAAAGCAAGCCGAAGAUGCAGAAAUAGGCCCAAUAACUACGCCAAAUAACCAUGACAAAGCACCCACAGAUAUUAACCAUGAUGAUAUCGACUAUGAUGAUAUUGACAAUGAGGAUUACGAGGUUGAUGAAAGUUUGGAUCCUAUUAACAAAUCAGAAUUAGGUUCCAAGUUUCUAACUGUGCAAAAGUAUCCUGACGAAUCGAGUCCACCUGAUUUCUGGAAAUUGCCUUCUGGUUGUAAUAUACAAGAAGUUAUACGCAGAACAACUUAUUUACAUAAAUCUCAUCCCUCACAUUUAAACAUAAUACGUGUUGGUACAAAUGUGCAAAAACCCGAAUUCAUCCAACUGGAUGACUGGAAUUAUUUCCAAUCAAGUGUUGAAUAUUCUAAUGUUAACUUAUCAAACGGUGUUGAAGUUCUAAUUAAUUCACUGUUACGUACCGAUACACUCUCUGAUUACCAACAAUGUCUACAUGAUGCGCAAUUUGAUUAUAAUAACAAACAAAUGGUCUUUGUGAUUAAUGCUCUUAAAUGGUUUCUCUAUAAAGGUGAAGCCAUUCUUGGAUCGCUGAUGGUCCAUCCCAUAUUGCAAUACCUUGUUAACGCAACAAAUGGUCAACCCUAUUAUGUUCCUGGUGAGAUCUGUAUUAAAGCAAGUGCGAGUCAGCGUUUUAUAAGACGUGACUUAAAACCAACUGACGACAAGCCAUUGGGUAUGAAAGUCGAUGGAAUGUUUUGUUCUCCCGGUGAGCAAGGAUACGAAAUAGGCAUGGUUGAAUUGUCAGGUGGCUAUUUAACAUUUGAUAUGCCACGUUACUUAAAAGAUCAUAUCAAAGGAUUCUGUGGUUGCCGUGACCUUCUCAAUGAAAUUUUUCUCAAGUAUAGUCUAGGUGAUUUUAAAAUCAUGCGACAUCUACGUGUCUGGUUUCUGCAUUGUCAUGGUUUAAAUGUUCAGGUAUGGGGCAUGGAUUUGCCUGUUUUUGGAGUAUAUAGAAUGUUUCUUGUUGACACUUUCGAAUUUCCAAUCAGUUGGGAUGAACAUUAUAAACUUGUACCGGCACUGAAAAUUUUAUGGAAUCUGGGAAUUGGUUUAGACAAUACAUUUGAAGUCCUUGAAAAACUUAAAAAGUCUCACCGCAAAAACGUAACAAUCGAUAAGCAAUCUUCCACACUUAAAAAUAUUAUAAGAAAUAUGGAAAAUUCACCAAGGAAACCUACUGGAAAAGGGUCGCGUAUCGUAAAUCCGAUCUUUCGCGAGUCAAACCACUAG